CGAACAUCAACCUUAUGUAAGAACUCAUUUAAAUAUACAGCUUCUGUUUAUGGAAUGAUCUACCUGAUGAUUUUAGAAAAAUUGCUUUUAAUUAUACACCUGGAGAAUUUCCUGAUCUGCAGUACAUAUUGAAAUAACAUACAUGUAGAGUAUUAUAACUUUCUUAUCAUACAUGUAUGUGCACAUUCAAAGAGCUGUCACAGUUUUAAAUUAGACAUCUAGGGUUUAGCCCUCUACAGAGGUUUAUAGUAUAGACAUGAAUUCAAUCAAGAAGUAUGAGCCGCUGGUAAAACACUUCCGUUUGUAUUCAGUGUUAGGAACAACUCAGUCUUCACGUCCACAUUUUGUUCCACCACAUUCACCUGCAAAUGAGACAGAUGUAGAUAAAUUCAAGGAAUUCAUUCAUAAUUCUAAAAGACUGUUAGUUAUAACAGGUGCUGGGAUAUCAACUGAAAGUGGUAUUCCUGAUUAUAGAUCUGAAGGAGUGGGACUAUAUGCGAGAAGUUCAAAUAGACCAGUCCAGUAUCAAGACUUUGUAAAAAAAGCAGACAUAAGGCAGAGAUACUGGGCAAGAAAUUUUGUAGGUUGGCCUACAUUUUCAUCUGUAUUGCCUAAUAAUACACACAAGAUUUUGAGUGAAUGGGAAACAAUUGGUAAUCUUCAUUGGUUGGUGACACAAAAUGUUGAUGCUCUACAUUACAAAGCAGGAAGUAAAAAUCUGACGGAACUACAUGGAAGUGCUCACAGAGUGGAAUGUUUAGAUUGUAAACAUAUGAUAUCGAGACCAGAACUUCAGGAUAUGAUAAAGGGAGACAAUCCUAUGUGGCAUUCAGAAUCUGUUGACAUGGCACCUGAUGGAGAUGUACAACUCAGUCAAGAACAGAUAAAUGGAUUUAAUGUUCCUUCUUGUAAGAAGUGUGGUGGAGUAUUAAAACCAGAGAUUGUAUUCUUUGGAGACAAUGUUCCAAGACCUCGAGUAGAUUUUGUAUUUGAUAAGGUGAAAGAGUCUGAUAGUCUUCUUGUACUUGGAUCAUCACUCGAGGUAUACUCAGGAUACAGAUUUGUAAAUGCUGCUCAUGAACAGAAGAAACCCAUAGCUAUUGUUAGUAUAGGACCAACAAGGGCAGAUAAACUAGCCAACAUUAAAAUAAACACUAAAUGUUCUGAAAUUCUAGAAAAUAUAUGAUUGAAAGUAUAUCAUGUAUAUAGACAUGAUAGAUGUGAAAUUUUUUUAUAAUUAAAUUAUUUGAUUAUUUGAUUUUUAA